UUCAAGGACGAGAAUCAGCUUCCUGCCAAGUCAUGGAUUAGAGCUCAUUAAGAAGCUAAGAGCAAGGUCUACAUACAAUUUAAAAAAGCUUCCUGAUUUAAGCAAAUUUAGAGCUUUGAUUGAAGCAAACUUCACCUAUCCCAGCCAUUGCUGCGCAUUUACAAACUGGAAAAGACAAAACACUGAAUUACAUCCCAUAUGUAGUGUAUCAUCUCAAGACAAGCAAGACCUUGGUGAGCAGCCUGGCAAUAAGAGACACAGACGAUCUGCAGCUGAAGAUGAUCUUUCCAGCUACAGCAUAGGAUCAGACCCAGCAGAGAAUGAAUUUGACUAUGGUUUGUGCAAUAAAGUAGUUAAUGUAGCUUGCUCACCUAAACCUGAUGCUUUCAAUCCAUGUGAAGAUAUCAUGGGCUACAACACUCUGAGAGUCCUGAUAUGGUUUAUCAGCAUUUUAGCUAUCACUGGGAACAUUGUUGUCCUCGUUAUUUUAAUAAGCAGUCAAUACAAACUCACCGUACCUCGCUUCCUAAUGUGCAAUCUUGCAUUUGCAGACCUCUGCACAGGUAUCUACCUGUUGUUUAUUGCAUCUGUAGAUAUCCAGACCAAAAGCCAGUACUACAACUAUGCCAUAGACUGGCAAACUGGGGCAGGAUGCAAUGCUGCAGGAUUUUUUACAGUGUUUGCAAGUGAACUCUCAGUCUACACACUGACUGUGAUAACUCUGGAAAGGUGGCACACCAUCACCUAUGCCAUGCAGCUGCACCGCAAGGUUCGACUUCGUCAUGCUGUGAUUGUAAUGAUUUUUGGCUGGAUGUUUGCUUUCACAGUGGCACUUCUUCCCAUAGUUGGAGUCAGCAGCUACAUGAAGGUCAGCAUCUGUUUGCCCAUGGAUAUAGAAACAUUGUUUUCUCAGGCUUACAUUGUAUUUCUUUUAGUGUUGAACGUGCUUGCAUUUAUGAUUAUAUGUGCCUGCUAUAUCUGCAUCUAUUUUACUGUGAGAAACCCUAAUGUGGUCUCUUCAAACAGCGACACCAAGAUUGCCAAGCGCAUGGCCAUACUGAUCUUCACAGAUUUCCUCUGCAUGGCACCAAUAUCUUUCUUUGCAAUAUCAGCCUCACUCAAGGUUCCUCUCAUCACAGUCUCCAAAUCCAAGAUCCUUCUGGUUUUGUUUUACCCCAUCAAUUCCUGUGCAAACCCUUUCCUCUAUGCCAUUUUCACAAAGACUUUCCGCAGGGAUUUCUUCAUUUUACUGAGCAAGUUUGGUUGCUGUGAAAUGCAAGCCCAGAUUUACAGAACAGAGACAACCUCAUCUGCUCAUAAUUUCCAUACAAGAAAUGGCCAUUGCCCUCCUGCAUCAAAAAGCAGUGAUGGAACUACUUACUCAUUGGUUCCUCUGAAUCACUUGAAAUGCUUGCAUGAAUUCGUGUCUGAGGCAGUGUGAUAAUCAAUCAGUUUCAACUGUGAAUGUGAAUAAUGACUUUAGCAUAGCUUUUAAACUCUUUUUUAAUGAGAACAAGAAUAAUUUAUUUCUAUUUUCCUAGCUUAGCUCAAUGAACAGCCUACCACAUCACCUUCAACAUCUUGAACAAAGAACCAAACUUCAGUAUGUCCCUGAAGUGCUCUUGUAGAAUUGUUUCACAAAAUGAGAUUAUAAACUGGUGUCUCCCACCAUAUAGGCAGAGAACACCCUUAAUUCUAGGAGGAUGUUAGCUGCUCAGUGAGAAUUAAGUGGUGGUUAUAU